UGGAUCAACAGUGAACAUGAACUGCUCCUACAGAUACCCAUCUAGAAUAAAUGACCAUGACACUGAAGUUGAGAGAACAUUCUGGUUCACUGAAUUGAGUAAUAAUGAACCUGUGGAUCUGAGAACAGACUCAAAGUACGCAGGUCGUGUUCAGUAUCACUGUGAUAUGAACGACUGCACUCUGAGAAUCACAGACCUGAGAGAGAGCGACUCAGCUGAGUACAAGUUCAUGUUCAUAACAAAUGAACCAGGAGAGAGAUUUACUGGUUCACCUGGAGUCACUUUGACUGUCACAGGUCUCCAGGUGCAGGUGAUCAGAUCAAGACAAAAUCCUUCCAAGGCAGAGCUGAAGUGUCUCAGCAGUUGUCGUCUACCUGAUCGUUCUUCCUACAUCUGGUACAAAAAUGGACAGAAAAUUUGGAGAGAAAGAUCUUCUUCUUAUUCAGUCUACUUUAAUUCUGCAGACAGCUUUUCCUGUGCUGUUGAAGGAUAUGAGGAUUUCCCCUCUCUUCCAGUUUAUGCACCGAAGGUUCCCUCUGUGUCUCUGAGUCCCUCUGGUGAAAUCGAAGAGGGCAGUUCAUUGACUCUGGCUUGUAGCAGUGAUGCUAACCCAGCAGCUAAUUAUACCUGGUUCAGCAUAUCUAAUGUGUCCAAAGGCUUCUGUCCUGUUAAUUAUACUGGAGAACAGAAUAUCAAGGUGAAGCCCAUGCAGAGUGACACAGUCCGGAUGAUGAUUAGCAGCUCCAAGUCUGAAAUAAAUGUUUCCUCCUGGAAGAAGGUGGAUUGUUCAGUCUAG